GUGACAAUGUUGAAAUGUUUCGAGGAGUGUAUCAUAGAUUCCCUCGGGAAAAUUUCAAAAAGAACAAUUGUCUUAAAGCUGAGGAACUAUGAGUUCAAUUAUAACCGGAAGCCGAAUAUAUUGUACUUCCGGCUUGAUGAAAUUGCUUGCAUUCCGCCAACAUUUUAGAACUUUUGCAAAAAUGGCCUCUUCUCCAAAGCGUGCUAAGCUGAGUGGUGAAGAGAGAGAGACUAGUCUUAGUGCACUGAAGGCUGCUGGAUGGACUGAGGUUGAGGGCAGGGAUGCAAUUUAUAAAGAGUAUAUGUUCUCCAAUUUUAUUCAGGCCUUUGGUUUCAUGACAAGGGUUGCCCUUCAGGCAGAGAAGAUGGAUCAUCACCCAGAGUGGUUCAAUGUGUACAAUAAGGUUCAGGUGACACUAAGCACCCAUGAUGUCGGUGGAUUGUCAUUGAGAGAUGUCAAGCUGGCAACAUUCAUGGAUGAAAACACCAAAGCAUAGAUUAGUCUACUUCUUCAAUACAAUAACCAUUCCUCACAGGGCCCAAUAAAAUAUACAGAGUUGAACCACUGCAAUGGACAUCUGAUUUAUAUAGGGUUAUACACAUUGAGCCUGUAUUAAUUUACUUGACCAUUGGUUGGAAUACUAUCCUUAGUCUAUUAUGACUUGUAACUGUAACUGAAAAGAAUCAUGAAUUAAAUAUUAAUCAUUUUGUAAUGUUAUGAUAAAUCAUUGUUAAAAAGAGUGGAAUUUGGAGUGAGGGUUCGAGAAUAUUUUUUCUAGUCAAAAUGAUCUGUUAUUCUCUUUUAUCGUAUGAUCUGUAAAAUGAAGCCUUCUGAUUUGGUCAGUUCUUGCGCUGUACCAAUCUGUAUUGCUACUGAGAUUGUCC